CUUCAUCAUCUUCAUCAGCUGAAGCUCUCUCCGUUAGCUGUCACACCAAACCCUUCCGCUACCCUUCUUGAGUUCAGUUCUCUUUGUUUCUUACAGGGCAAAAUGGGAGUUGUCACCUACUCAAUGGAGAUCACAAGUGCCGUCGCACCGUCAAGGAUGUUCAAGGCUUUGGUCCUUGACUCCCACAAUAUCCUGCCCAAGAUUGUUCCCGAGGGCAUCAAAAGCGUUGAGUUCAUUGAGGGAGAUGGUGGAGUUGGUAGCAUCAAGAAAACCAACUUUGGUGAAAGCUCUCACAUCAAGUACACAAAGCACAAGAUCGAGGCUCUUGAUGCAGGUAGCUUUUAUUGCAAAUUUACCAUGAUUGAAAGCGAUAUCAAGUUCGACAAGAUCGACUUCAUCACAGAGGAAGUGAAAUUUGUCGCGGCUGGUAGCGGAUGCGUUUGCAAGAUGACCAGCGAAUAUCAUGUUCAGGAAGGUUGUGAGCUGAAAGAGGAGGACAUCAAGAAGGGUAAAGACAGAGCUAUGGGAUUGUACAAGGCUGUUGAGGAGUACCUUGUGGCCAAUCCUGAUGUUUGUGCCUAAAUGCUAUUCUCCAAAUCCAUUCGAGUGAUGACAUAGUAAAAAGUGAGUGGAAAAAUUGGGUUGUAUCUUCUUUUUCCUUUUGGGCUCUGCCUCGAAGCUUUUGGCCGAGGCAAGGUUUUUCUCAUGUGAUUUCUACGUUCUAAAGGAUUGGAUGGUUUUGUGUAAGGUCAUGCUAAAAUAAAGCUGAGAAUAAGCAAUGAGCAAUCCACUGAAUUGUGGAUUUUCCCCAA